CUAUUUUUUUUUUUUUUGCCUCCCAAUUUCACUAUAAGGGCCUGACACGCUGUUGUAGACAGAGGAGAGAGAGAAGAGCAACUGAGGCUGAACUAUCGAAAAGUCACAACAUCCUGUGAUCGUCGUUGCUUCGGGGCUUUAUUUGAAUUUUCCUCGGAGACGAAUGGACUGAUCAGGAUGGAGAGACAGAAGUUUCCUUUUACUAUUGAAAACAUACUGAGCAAAUAUCCAAACAGCAACAGAGACAAACAGCCAUGUGGAGCAAGUGGACUAAAAGAGAAGACGGUGAAUCCUACUGGAGGCCAGACAGACGCUGUCCAUCAUGCCUGCUUGUGCUGCUGCUACUGCUCCCACUGUGCAGAUUUAUUCCACACCGAUUUCAUUCAUGAAGCCUGUCAGUAUGGAUGGACUCCAGCGAUGCUCUCGGACCCCUGCAGGCUGGGAGACACUCACAGGGAGGAUCAGUCGGCCGGUCAGGUGCAGAGAAGAACCAGACGUCACCGAACCAUUUUCACAGAGGACCAGCUGGACGCACUGGAGGAGCUGUUCCUGCAGAACCAGUAUCCAGAUGUGAACACAAGGGAGAAACUAGCACAGCGGACUCACCUAAGAGAAGAAAGAGUAGAGGUUUGGUUUAAAAACCGAAGAGCAAAGUGGAGACGUCAGAAAAGACUUUCAUUUGUUGUGAGAAACACAGAAAACUAAGUAAAAGAUGACUAAAAAAGAAGGCUGUGUGUGUGACUUUCAAAGAAUUCUGCUUGUUAUUGUUAUUAAAUAUAAUAUCCAGACACAUUCUUAUAUACCAGAAAAUUUAACAGCACAUUUGUGUCAGUCAAAUUGUGUGAAGUUAGACUGUAGUUUUAAAGUCCAUUUGUGAGUCAGAUUGGUUCAGUGCACGCAUGAGCUGGCAUUGUGUGCUGUUAUUAAUACUGAGAGUUAAAUCUGCAGUGCGUAAAAGGAUUGUUGUGGUUUGCACAGGUUGUGAUAAAGUGUC